AUGCCGCCAGCCCCUGUAGUCUCUCAUCGACACCGAAGCAAGUCAGCUCCCAGAGGUGUGAGCCCAGAUUCCAAAGCCCUAAGGAAGGCAGCUGAGACCAAAUCCAACGCUACCAAGAAAGUCUUGAAGGAUGACAUUGAAGCAGAGAACCCUCGACCUAAGAGCAAGGUAAAGGCUAUGAAUGCAAAAGAAGCUGAUGAGAUCUUUGAAUCUUUGAAGGACAUGGGGGGUUCCGGUGUUUGUAGCGUUAUCCUGGACGAGAAGGCCAACGAUGAUCAAGGUUCUGGAAACGAAGAUGAUGAGGGUUCAUCGAGCGAUGAUGGUUCCGACGAAGAGAAGCAGAGUGAGGAUGAAGAGAAAGAUGAAGAGAAAGAUGAAGAGAAAGAUGAAGAGAAAGAUGAAGAAAAAGAUGAAGGUUCUUCUGAUCAAGAGUCAGAGGCGGCGGACUCUGACAAGGAGGAAUCCAAAGCAUCUUCGUCAGAGAAUGAGUCUGAGGACGAGGAGGCAUCCAGCGAGCCCCAAGAAGAGGAGGAAGAAGCGGAGGGAUCUGAAGAGGGAUCAGAAGAGGAAGAAGAAGAAGAUGAUGAGGAGGAGGAGGCUAAGAAGGAAGAUGAUGGUAAGAAGAAGCGGGGUUCUGACGACAAGGACGCCAAGAAGGGUUCUAAGAAGAAGGAUGAAGAGAAGAACAAAGGUGAAGAGAAGAAGAAAGGUGAAGAGAAGAAGAAAGGUGAAGAGAAGAAGAAGGAUGAAGAGAAGAAGAAAGGUGAAGCGAAGAAGAACGGUGAAGAGAAGAAGAAAGGUGAAGAGAAUAAGAAAGGUGAAGCGAAGAAGAAAGGUGAAGAGAAGAAGAAAGGUGAAGAGAAGAAGAAAGGUGAAGAGAAGAAGAAAGGAAAGAAGGAAGAGAUGAAGACAGGGAUCUUGAAACCUACGAAGAGUACGGGGGGGAAGGGUGCCAAGGAUGACAGUGAUCCCAGCGAGAGUGAACACAGUGAAGACAAGAAGACAAGCAAAGGAAAGAAUUCAAAAGACAAGGUGAAGGACCGCAGCAAAUCAAAGAAGAAUUCAAAGGAAGAAGAGCCAACGAAGCCUAAGGGCAGCGAGGCAGACAAGGGAAAGAAGCGCAAGAAGGAGGAAACAACGGAGGAGGAGAAGGAUGAGAAACCUUUAGAGAAGGCUGAGGAACAUUUGGUCAAUUCCACCAGUCACCGCAAGGAAUGGCAGCAGUUCAAAAGGUGGAUGAGCAACAAGAAGAGGUGCCCAGCCAAGAUUGACACCCGGCAGACCUUGUUCAAAGACUUCAUAGAUUGCGGCAAAGACUUUGCCAAAGUGGAGGCUCGUUUUGAGCAGCGUCUGAAUGAGACGCAGCGAUCAUCUGUGAAGUAUGGCUUCAGAUCAGAAGAGACGGUGCCAGACCCGGAGCUCCCAGGCGGCGAUGAUGUGUUGCACUUUGUCAUGGUGGAGAUGAACAUAGAGGACAUCAAGGAGCUGCAGAGGAUUACGCAGCUUGAGAUGGAGGGAACUUUGGACUCCGACGGGUUGAAAGCAUUCGUGGAGGUCAAGGCGGAAAGCCCCUUGGAGAAAGCGCAGGUCCUGGUGAACAAGGUUCUCAAGGACCACAAUGCCUGCACGCAGUUUGGCGAGAAUUGGUUUUUGGGCUGGGACUAUGCGUUUAAACUCCAGCCUCUCAAGCUCUCUGGCGACCUCAUUCAGCAGCUUCGUGCCUGCUCCUGCAAGCUCAAAGGUGAGGCUGAGGCACUCCAGGUUCUGAUCCAGAAGAAGCGCAAUAAAAACAAGGACUACGCUGCAACCAUCAAGCAGGUGGACUCCAUCACAAAGGUGGCUAAGGGCAGGAUUGAACUCGCCAAGGCUUUGAUCAGGGCAUCAGAGAAAAAGCCCAAGGGAAAGGCUCAAACGCAGCCUGAGAAGGGUGGUGCACCUGCAGCUGAAGCUGCAGCUGCCUAG